AUGAACAACGAAGACAACCUAAAUGAUGAACAAAUUCUAGCUCAGAUUGCUAAACUACAGUCAAAACUGGCUAACAAAAAGAAUCCUGAGGAGGAUUCCAGCAGAUCGAACGUACUCGUACCGGAUUCACCACCAAAGAAGACAAAAAAGGAGAAUUUAGAUCAGCCUCCCAAUCAAAACACCUCUGUUACGACAAAGAGAACUCAGGCAAAAUCAAAGGCACCAGUAGCAAAAGCGGUACCAGAAAAACCAUCUAGUCUUCUCAGUAACCUUAGUAAACUCAACAAAUCGCGUCAAAGUGGAAAACACCAUGAUGAGGAUGUCGACUAUAGCGCUAACAAAAGUAGUUCUUUCAAAAACAGAAUGAAACAGGUAGAGAAUACCGAAGACGGUGCUAUUAGACGUGAUGAAGAUCUACAGAUAGUGGAACAACUCCAGUUUGGUCCAAAAGAAGUUAACAAAUCGGACAAUGAGCUGAAGGAAUUUGAGCCAAACUCAAACUCGCGUCUAAGUGAACGAUACAUGUCGCAUUCUCAAUUUACAGCAGCACUUACCGGAAGUUACAUUAUAUCACCCUCGACACUCUACUCUGUCGCUCAACUGAGUCACGGGGGAACUAGCUUCCAUAUACCCGUACAUGAAGACUGGGUUACUAUUGGUGUAGUUGGCACAAGCAGUGGUGUCCAGCAAACCAAGAGAAGUCAAGAGGCAAGCGUCGAGGAGAAAACACAUCAUAAAAACAAACACAACAGUGAACAACAAGUCAAAAAGUUCUGUUCAUUUAGUGUUAUCGAUAUGGCCAACUCACAGAAAGGCAACUCUUAUGUAAAGCUCGUACUCUUUUCAGCAGACAGCAGCGAGAAGGACCACGACGGAGAGAUGCUCUAUAAGGGUGGUAGUGGUGGUGCUUACGAGAAGUUCUGGAAGUUGAGACAGGGUACUGUCAUCGCGCUUCUCAAUCCUGACAUCCUAAAACCGCAACAAGCGCGUAAAACUAACAUUCUUGGGUUGACUGUAGUGAAUGCUGAUUCUAUCAUUGUGAUAGGACAUAGCAAAGAUUAUGGGCUAUGUGAGGCUCUCGUGAAGACCGGAGAAAGGUGUAAAAGUUGGAUAGACAAGAGGAGAGGCAAAGUCUGCGAUUUCCAUUUGCAAGCUGGGAUAGAGAGGGCGCGAAACAGUAGACCUGAAUUUUCGUCCAGUACCGGUGGUAUGGGCAGUUCAGCUAAGCAAGACAAAUUCCGUUCAAAAAUGCCUACACGAGGAUUCCAAGAAGCAGAUAGAAAGUUUGCUGGAUUUAAAGAUCCGUACGAUACUAACUACACACCUACUUACACAUUUAGUGGUGUUUCUACAAGCAAUGCUGAACAGAAUUCGUCAGGUGUUUAUGGACGGGAGAAGGAAGAAAGACUAAAGAGAAAGCGACAACGUGAGGAGAACGAGAAUAUGAUCAAAGACUUAUCGAAGCCAAAAAGAUCAAGAGCUACAAGCAAUCUCAGUAGAUCGAGCCAAGAAGAAGAGUCUAACGAAACACGUAGAACAGUCUUCCAUUCGCAUCAUGUACGCAAAAUUGGCUUUAAUCCGGCUGGGAUUUCUCAUCGUGAUAUCAAAGACCCCAAUAGUGAUACCAAAAAAGAUCAACUUAUGAACUCAUUGAGACUCAAGACAACACCAUCGACACAGCCAAAAUCAGAGGAGAAGAAAGAAGAGCAGAAAUUGGUCGUACUUGAUAGCGAUAGUGAUUGA